GUUUACUCCGCUCGGUCACGCUCCGCCCUCCCGCGCUCACCCAGCGAUCUGCGUAGCCGUUCAUCAUGGCCGCCGUAUCAGCUGCUGCUCGGCUCUUCUCCAAGCGGGUCCUGCCUUUCCAGGCCCUCCCCGCAGUCUGUCGAAGCAGCUCUAGGACCUUCCACUUCUCCAUCUACGGAAAGAAGGACAACGCUAAAGUGUCAGAUGGUAUCUCCACGCAGUACCCGGUGGUAGACCAUGAGUUUGACGCGGUGGUGGUGGGGGCUGGAGGGGCCGGGCUGCGCGCCGCCUUUGGCCUAUCGGAGGCCGGCUUCAACACGGCCUGCGUCACCAAGCUGUUCCCUACCAGGUCUCACACCGUGGCGGCACAGGGUGGGAUCAACGCAGCUCUCGGAAACAUGGAAGCUGAUGAUUGGCGGUGGCACUUCUACGACACGGUGAAGGGCUCUGAUUGGCUAGGAGAUCAGGAUGCCAUUCAUUACAUGACAGAGCAGGCACCAGCAGCUGUGAUAGAGCUGGAGAACUUUGGCAUGCCUUUCAGUCGUACCGAGGAUGGGAGGAUCUACCAGCGGGCCUUCGGGGGUCAGAGCCUGAAAUUCGGCAAGGGGGGCCAGGCGCACAGAUGCUGCUGUGUGGCUGACCGGACGGGGCACUCCCUCCUACACACGCUGUACGGCAGGUCCUUGCGGUAUGACACCAGCUACUUCGUGGAGUACUUUGCCCUGGACCUGCUGAUGGAGGACGGUGAAUGCAAGGGCGUGAUUGCCUUGUGCAUGGAGGACGGCACCAUCCAUCGUUUCAGGGCCAAGAACACAGUCAUCGCAACCGGUGGCUACGGACGGACCUACUUCAGCUGCACAUCUGCCCACACCACCACCGGGGACGGGACCGCCAUGGUGACACGCGCAGGUCUGCCCUGCCAGGACCUGGAGUUCGUGCAGUUCCACCCCACAGGGAUCUAUGGUGCCGGCUGCCUGAUCACUGAGGGCUGCCGUGGGGAGGGAGGCAUCCUCAUCAAUAGCGAGGGCGAGCGCUUCAUGGAGCGGUAUGCCCCCAACGCCAAGGACCUGGCAUCCCGGGACGUGGUGUCCCGCUCCAUGACCAUCGAGAUCCGCGAGGGCAGGGGCUGCGGACCGGAGAAGGACCACGUGUACCUGCAGCUGCACCACCUCCCUCCGCAGCAGCUUGCCAUGCGUCUGCCUGGCAUCUCCGAGACCGCCAUGAUCUUCGCGGGCGUGGACGUCACCAAGGAGCCCAUCCCUGUGCUGCCCACCGUCCACUACAACAUGGGUGGCGUCCCGACCAACUACAAGGGCCAAGUGAUCACCCACAAGGAUGGUGCAGACAGGGUGGUGCCCGGGCUGUAUGCAUGCGGAGAGGCCGCCUGUGCCUCCGUGCACGGGGCCAACCGGCUGGGGGCCAACUCUCUGCUGGACCUGGUGGUGUUCGGUCGCGCCUGUGCCCUCACCAUCGCCGAGACCUGCACUCCCGGUGAGAAGCUCUCGCCCCUGAAGCCCAGUGCCGGGGAGGCGUCUGUGGCCAACCUGGACACACUGCGAUACGCCGAUGGAAGCGCCAGGACUUCAGAGAUCCGACUGAACAUGCAGAAGACCAUGCAGACUCACGCCGCUGUCUUCCGCACCGGAUCCGUCCUCAAAGAGGGUUGUGACAAAAUGGCCGCCAUCUACAAAACUCUGGAUGACAUUAAGACCUUCGACAGAGGCAUCGUGUGGAACACAGACCUAGUGGAGACCCUGGAGCUCCAGAACCUGAUGCUGAACGCCGUACAGACUAUCGAGGGGGCGUUGGCCCGGAAAGAGAGCCGGGGGGCACAUGCCAGGGAGGACUUCAAGGAACGUGUGGAUGAGUAUAACUUCUCCAAGCCCCUCCAGGGACAGCAGAAGAAGCCUUUCAGUGAGCACUGGAGGAAACACACACUGUCCUACGUGGAACCCAAAACUGGGAAGGUGACUCUGGAGUACCGCCCAGUGAUCGACAGCUCUCUGAAUGAGGAGGACUGCGCUGCUGUCCCCCCUGCUAUCCGCUCCUACUAGAUGGGUGAACUUUCACGCGGGGUUCAUGCUCUGUGCACAGGACGGCUUCAUCCAACAUAACAUCCAAGCUGUACCUUCAACCUAUAUUUUAAAAACAGUCACAAGGAAUCAUCCUGUCAGAAGUGCAGCAUAAAUAAAAACAGUAUCACCGUCUAGCAAAAGUGGAGUCUGCUUUUGGAACCUGCAGUGUUGCCCCAUUGUUAUGUAGCUGGGCCUCUGUGUGAGAGACAGUGUGAAGCUUUUUACACAUUAUUUCAGCGCCAUAAACACUCCCUGAACAGCAGAUGUAGUCAGAUAAUCCCUGUUUGAAAGUCUUGGAUUAUGGAGAUGGAACAUUCUGGAAGCGUGAGAGUGAAGCUGUGUUGCUGCCAGUGCCUGUACAGUAUGUGUAUUUGCAGCUGACUUCACGCAUGAAACCUCUGGAAAUUGAGUUCAGCCUUCCCACCUCUUCUGUUUUGCAUUGUAAGUACUGUAAUAACUCAGAAGUGAUUUUGUAGAAGCCUUACCCAUCUGAAGUCCCAAAUCCUCCUCCUGACCAAUCUUACGUGCUCAUUUUUUUUUUUGCCUGGUGUAAUUCUGAUUUUCCUUUGUAUUUAAUGUACAUUGAAUACAUUGCUUAUUAACUGAGAAAAAAAAUCUCCAGUCAGCAGGCAAGGGUUUUAAAAAUGUCCAAAGGACGUUUUAGGUAGAAGUUUCUUAAUGAAAAGCAGAUACCUUUGUGUGGGCUCAAUUCAUUCCACGGGUUCAGAUUGAAUGAAUAAAGCACACAAAUCAA